GAAAGAUUCGAGACGAGAGAGAAAGAGAGGGGUUAGAGUUUUGAGGUUGAAGAUGACGGAUGUGAUAUUACAUGUAUAUGAUGUGACAAACAGUGAGUCCGAUAAAACGAAUAGCAUCAUUGUUCAAAUCAACAAGAUCUUCAAGGAUGGAAUCGGCCUCGGUGGCAUCUUCCACAGUGCCAUUCAGGUAUAUGGAGAAGAUGAAUGGUCUUUUGGCUUCUGUGAGCAAGGGUCUGGAGUUUUUAGUUGUCCAUCUGGCAGAAAUCCAAUGUAUUCAUAUCGUGAGUCCAUAGUCCUUGGAAGGACUAACUUUCCAAUAUUCAAGGUAAAACAUAUCUUGCGGGAACUCAGUAGAGAGUGGCCUGGAAGUUCAUAUGAAUUGUUAUCCAAAAACUGCAAUCACUUCUGUGACGACCUCUGCGAAAGGCUUGGUGUCCAAAAGCUUCCAGGUUGGGUUAAUCGUUUUGCCAAUACUGGUGAUAUUGCAAUAGAGAUAGCAGAAAACAUUGCUGUUCGGUUGAGACAAGCCAAGACUGAGAUAGUGUCGGCUAGCAAAGUGGUAUAUCGUUUCCUUGUGGGCGUUACCUCUGUUUCUGGUGGUGGAAAGGACUCCCCUAGCAAUUCAAAUAGAGGGGGCCCCAGAUUUAAAGCAGCUUGGUUUAAAAACAUUAUCAAUGUCUGCGAUAAACCAUCGAUCAGAUCUGAAAUUGAGACUCUAGGAAACAAUGCCCUUCAAAAGCAUCAUCCACAGAAUUCUGCGCUGACAAAGCUACAAAAUUUUCAAGAUCCAGAAAGACAACGGCAGAGUGUACAAGAUUUCAAACAACCAAUGGUCCCGUGUUCACCAGAAUCAGAACAACCUCUGCUACAGAAUUAAUGGCUGGAUAUUUGAUGGAAAUGCUUACCAGGAGCAUCCUCUAUGUUGUGGUACUACUUGGAAACUCUGCACAGCCAAUCAAAGAAGAUAUUCAUUGUGCAUGAA